AUGGCCGCCCCGAUCCGAGUUGCCGUCACACAGGCAGAGCCUGUCUACCUCGAUCUGGCAGGUUCUGUGAAAAAAGCAUGCGCUCUCAUUACUGAAGCGGCACAAAACGGAGCUAAGCUUAUUGCUUUCUCCGAAUGCUGGCUCCCGGGUUAUCCUGCCUGGAUCUGGGCACGAUCGGUCGAUUUUGAACUUCAGACUCGGUACAUCUACAAUUCACUUCCUGUGGAAUCAGAAGCAAUGGAGCUAGUCAAGGCUACUGCCAAGGAGUGCUCGAUCGCGGUCGUGCUUGGGUUUUCGGAGCUGAGCCCAUCCCAUAGCAUCUACAUUUCACAGGCUAUUAUAUCUCCCCAGGGUGAGCUUUUGUUGAACCGACGAAAGAUCAAGCCCACCCACAUGGAGCGUACCGUCUUUGGUGAGGGAUCAGGUGGCGAUCUAAACAAUGUUGUCGAGGUCGAUUUCGGGGCGGAGCAUGGUAAGAUCAAGGUCGGAUGCUUUGCCUGCUGGGAGCACACACAACCACUGUUGAAGUAUCACAGCAUCUCCCAGGGAGCGGCAAUCCAUAUUUCGAUGUGGCCACCGAUUGAUCCUACGACUGGUGUGGACCAUCCAGGCCUAUGGAGCAUGACUGCUGAAGGGUGCCAGAACCUAUCCCAAACCUACGCCAUCGAAAGCACUGCCUACGUGCUUCACAGCACUUCGGUAUGCACUCAGAAGGGGAUCGAAGUCUUGAAAACCCAGGAUGGCCUGUCUUGCCGGCAGCCGGGUGGUGGCCAUAGUUGCGUGAUUGGACCUGAUGGUCGACGCAUGACUCCGCCUCUCGGCGACGGGAAGCCCGACACAGAAGGCAUCGUUUACGCCGAUCUUGACCUUACCAAGAUUGUAGCAACCCGGGGGUGGUUGGACAAUGUUGGUCAUUAUAGCAGACCAGAUCUGCUGUGGUUGGGUGUUGAUAGACAGCAAAAGGAAUGCGUCAUUGUAAAGCGGCACAAGUCAACGGAACUGGAAGAGCUGGAAGAAUAG